GAUCGGAUUUCAAAGCGCGAGCAAGGAGGAAGCGAUGCCUCACUCCCCAAAACCGGAUAUCUCCUUCUUGAGGCGCGCAGCAACUUCUCUCCGUUCCUGAUACCGGGUGGGGGAGUUUCCUCCCCUCCGUGUCACUCUUAAAGCCACAGGUGCCCUCCUAAGGCCCUCGCGGAGCCCUACAAGCAUGUCUACACGCGCACAGCAGGAUUCACACGUGCACGGCCAUCACGCAUCUUAAGCCAUCCCUCCGAGCAGAACGGCCCUUGGCCCGCUGGUUGAGCCGGGACGAAACGGCGGCUGCUUCUCGCGUGCGCUCCGUGGGAAAACCGUCCGUUUUUUUCCCAAGCGUCUGAAACAGCGCUGCCCUUCUCCCCACCCCCCGCCUCCUCCACUGCGGGUAACCAGCACGUAGAGGGUUAAAGAAAGGCCCCGGCCUGGGGGAGGGAAAGUUAAAGCCAGGAAGGAGGGGAAAGUUGGAAAGUUUCCCGUCCGGGCCCCAUUGCUCCGCCGUAUCCCCCGGGACGGGACGCGCCUUGCAGUUAGUUGCCUUGCAUUUCCAGCUACCGGCGGGUGGGGCAAAAAGCAGCCCAGGCAGGAAUUCUCCCCAUCGCUGCUCGUAAGAAGCUUCCCUCUCCACCUCCGGAGUAUCAAAUAUAAAGAGCAGGAGCCCUUACCCCAAUCCUAAAAGCAAAGCCAGGGGCAGCUCCGAGCAUCCACGAUGAAGAAGGCGGCAGGGAGCCUUAGCCCCAGCAAACCUAAAGAAUCCACCUUCAGCGCUGAGGAUGGUUACGUGAAGAUGUUCCUGCGGGGGCGGCCCAUCCCCAUGUUUGUCCCCGAUGCUGUUGUCGCCACCUACAGCCUUGAUGCCAAGCUGGAUCUACCCCAUAAGAAGCUGAAGCUGGACUGGGUCUAUGGGUAUCGGGGUCGUGACUGCCGCGCCAACCUUUUCCUGCUGCCCACGGGGGAGAUCGUGUAUUUCGUGGCUGCCGUGGCUGUCCUCUACAACGUGGAAGAACAGCGCCAACGCCACUACCUGGGCCACAAUGAUGACAUCAAGUGCCUAGCUGUGCAUCCUGACAUGGUCACCAUAGCAACUGGGCAGGUGGCCGGGACUUCGAAAGAUGGCAAGCCGCUGCCUCCCCACGUUCGGGUCUGGGAUUCUGUGAGUCUGAACACGCUCCAUGUCCUGGGCCCUGGGCCCUUCGACCGAGCUGUGAGCUGCGUGGGAUUCUCAAAGUCUAAUGGCGGAGGACUCUUAUGUGCUGUCGAUGACUCCAAUGACCAUGUACUGUCCGUGUGGGAUUGGCAAAAGGAGCAGAAGCUCGCAGACGUGAAGUGCUCCAAUGAGUCUGUGCUGGCCGCAACUUUCCAUCCUACGGAGCCAACGCUACUCAUUACCUGCGGGAAAUCUCACAUCCACUUCUGGACGCUGGAGGGAGGCAGCCUCAGCAAGAGGCAGGGCAUUUUUGAGAAACACGAGAAGCCCAAAUAUGUCCUGUGUGUGGCUUUCACAGAGAACGGAGACACUGUGACCGGAGAUUCUGGGGGGAACCUCUACAUUUGGGGGAAAGGGGGGAACAGGAUUUGCCAUGCAGUGCCAGGAGCCCAUGAAGGUGGCAUCUUUGGCUUGUGUGUGCUGCGGAAUGGGACCAUCGUUACGGGAGGCGGCAGGGACCGCAGAGUUGUGCUCUGGGGCCGGGAUUACCAGAAGCUGCAGGAGAACGAGGUGCCUGAGGGAUUUGGGCCAGUACGCACCAUUGCAGAGGGAAAGGGCGACUCCCUCUUUGUGGGCACCACCCGGAACUCAGUGCUCCACGGAUCCUUGGCAACUGGCUUCUCCCUCCUAGUUCAGGGACACACAGAAGAACUAUGGGGCCUGGCCACCCACCCUGCUUUGGACCAGUUCCUGACCUGCGGGCAAGACAAGCAGGUUCACCUGUGGAGCGUGGCCACCCACCAGCCCCUGUGGAGCAAGGGGAUCGAGGAUGCAGCUCGCUCGGCUGGAUUCCAUCCCAGCGGCUCGGUGUUAGUGGUGGGCACCGUAACUGGCAGGUGGCUGGUGCUGGACACAGAGACCCGAGACCUGGUGACCAUCCACACGGAUGGAGGGGAGCCCAUUUCUGUGGUCAGCUUCUCCCCAGAUGGCAAAUACCUGGCUCUGGGCUCCCAUGACAACUUUGUCUACAUCUACCUGGUUUCUGAGGGUGGCAGGAAGUAUGGGCGUGUCGGCAAGUGUUCGGGCCACUCCAGUUUCAUCACCCAUCUGGACUGGUCAUUUGACAGCAGCUGUUUGGUCACCAAUUCUGGCGAUUACGAAAUCCUGUACUGGGACCCCUCCACCUGCCGCCAGAUCACCAGCGCCGAGGCCGUCCGCAACAUGGACUGGGCCACAGCCACCUGCGUCCUGGGCUUUGGGGUUUUUGGGAUCUGGCCCGAGGGUGCAGAUGGCACCGACAUCAACGCCGUCUGCCGCUCCCACGACGGGAAGCUCCUGGCGUCUGCCGACGACUUCGGCAAAGUGCACUUGUUUUCCUACCCUUGCUGCCAGCCGCGGGCUCCCAGCCACACGUACAACGGCCACAGCAGCCACGUCACCAACAUUGCCUUCCUCCACGACGACAGCCUGCUGCUCUCCACCGGUGGGACUGACACCAGCAUCCUCCAGUGGCGCCUCGUCUAGGGGGAGGGCAAGACAGGGCGGGGGGCAAGCUGGGC